CUCGGAGCAAGUGAAAGGGGAGGUGAAGUGAGGAAGCAGAGAGGCCGAGAAACGUUGUCAUCUCAUACCAAAGUGCACACUAUUUGGUAGGUGACUGUGACAGAAUGAGUGUGAAAGCUUUUGAACUUGUUCCCGCUGUGGAACGAGCGCUCUUGAUGGGAGACAAAGCCCGGAUAAACAUAGAAUGCCUUGAAUGCUGUGGCAAGAACCUGUAUGUCGGCACCAACGACUGUUUCAUCUACCACUUCCUGCUAGAGAAGAAGACCACGUCAAAGGAGAAGCUGACAUUUUCAGUCCAAAAGCAGCAGCACAAAUAUCUGGGCCUAAAGAAGCCUGUCAAUGAGCUGAAGGCAGCUUCAGCCCUGAACAGGUUAAUUGUGCUGUGUGACAAUAUGAUAAUGUUGGUCAACAUGCUGAACUUGGAUCCCGUUCAGUCCGGAGCUAAAAUCAAAGGUGUUGUCACUUUUACUGUGAAUGAAAACCCUGUGAAUGGGGACCCCUUCUGUGUAGAACUUGGCGUCAUUUCUACCAAGAGAAGGACUAUACAGAUCUACAUGGUGUACGAGGAUCGAGUACAGAUAGUAAAGGAACUGUCCACUCCAGAGCAGCCCUCAGCAGUCAGUCUGGAUGGCUAUUUCCUCUGUUUAGCACUUACAACACAAUACAUUAUUGUAAAUUACAGCACUGGAGCUUCCCAGGAUCUUUUUCCUUUUGACACUGAGGAGAAGAAACCCAUAGUAAAGAGGAUCGGCCGAGAGGAGUUUCUCUUAGCUGGACCUGGUGGUUUAGGAAUGUUUGCCACUGCGGAAGGAAUUUCCCAGCGUGCACCUGUUCACUGGUCUGAGAAUGUGACUGGGGCAGCAAUCUGUUUUCCCUAUGUUGUGGCAUUGGAUGAGGGCUUUAUUACAGUGCAUAGCAUGCUGGACCAGCAGUUGAAACAGAUCCUUCCUUUCAAGGAUGGACACAUAUUGCAGGAUUUUGAAGGGAAGGUUAUUUUAGCCACUAUGAAAGAGGUGUAUAUGCUGGUUCCAUUGCCUCUGGAAAGACAGGUCCAGGACCUCCUUGCCAGUCAAAGGGUGGAAGAAGCUAUAGUUUUGGCAGAGGGAGUUCAGAGGAACAUCCCAAAAGAGAAAUUUCUGGUGAUGUACAGAAGAAUUCUGCAGCAAGCGGGAUUUAUACAGUUUGGACAGCUUCAAUUUUUGGAAGCUAAAGACAAUUUCAGGAAAGGUCAGCUUGAUGUCCGGGAGCUCAUUUCUUUAUAUCCUUUGCUACUGCCUUCAACUUCGACGUUCACACGCUCACAUCCCCCAUUGCACGAGUUUGCAGAUCUGAACCAUCUCGCCCAGGGGGACCAGGAGAAGAUCACCAAGUGCAAGAGGUUCCUGAUCAGCUACUUGAAAGAGAUCCGCAGCACUGAGGUUGCUAAUGGUUACAAGGAGGAUGUGGACACAGCGCUGCUGAAGCUGUACGCAGAAGCAAACCAUGAAAGCUUGUUGGAUUUGUUAGUUUCGGAGAACUUCUGCCUUCUUGUGGACAGUGCUCCGUGGCUUGAGAAACACAAAAAAUAUUUUGCACUAGGACUUCUCUAUCACUGUAAUGGUCAGGAUGAUGCUGCUGUGCAGUUGUGGGUGAGAAUAGUAAAGGGUGAACUUCAAGAUACUACCCAGCCAGACCUGUAUGAGUAUGUGGUGGAUUUUCUUAGCUUCUGCUCAAGUCAGGAACUGAUCUGGAAAUAUGCAGACUGGGCUUUGCAGAAAAAUCAAAAGGUUGGUGUUCAGAUUUUCACAAGAAGGCCUGUGGAUAAAGAAAAGGGAGGCAAAUUGAAUCCAGAUGAUAUCAUCAAGUACCUGCACAAAUACCCCCAAGCUGUCACUCAGUACCUUGAGCACCUUGUGCUCGACAGAAAGAUUCAGGAAGAGCAGUUCCAUACUCACCUAGCAGUACUCUACCUUGAUGAAGUCUUGCAGCUGCGUUCUCAAAGUGACCAACACUCUGAAGAGCUGAACACAGCCAGAGCCAAACUGAGAAGCCUCCUUCAACAAUCCUGCCUAUAUAGGGUGCAACUGUUGCUAGGUAAAAUUAAAGACACAGAUCUUAACCUGGAGUGCGCCAUAUUGUAUGGGAAGCUGGAAGAGCAUGACAAAGCCCUGCAUAUCCUUGUUCACCAACUGAAGGAUUUUCAGGCAGCAGAGGACUAUUGCUCAUGGAACUCAGAAGGCAGAGACUUGUCUUACAGGCAAAGGCUAUUUCAUAUGCUGCUGGCAUUAUAUAUGGACCCUGCUGCCGCUAACGAUACAUUAGAAAUGGCUGCGGUAGACCUUUUAAAUAACCACGCUGAAGUGUUUGACGCAGUCCGGGUUUUAAGACUUGUUCCAGGUAACUGGUCGAUACAGCUACUCUGUCCGUUUCUGAGAGGAGCAAUGAGGGAAAGCAUGCAUUCUAAACGGAUGUCUCAAGUGGCCUUGGGAUUAGCAAAAUCAGAAAAUGCGAUUUACAAGCAUGAGAAGUUAAAAUAUAAAGGUCUAAUUAAUCUGUCUGAGAAAAAGGGCUGCCAGCUGUGUCACAACACUUUCAGCGAGCCUGAAUUUGUUUGUUAUCCCAACGGCAUUCUUGUGCACAUUCACUGUGCAGCGAAGAGGAACAGAGACUCUGCAAGUAAGCAGCACUUUACAAACCCCAAAAACCACACCUGAAAGACCCUAAUAAUGUCUUUGAACAUUCCCGCCCCCUUGAAAAAUGGAAAUGGAAAGGGAAGAAAUACUGCUGCUGUCUGCAAAGAAAAGGCCCUAGAAAGCACUGACUGGGGAAGCAGAUAGAAAAACGUGUUUUAAGAUGUGAACUUUGAGCACUGGAAACUCGCAACCUUUAUAUACAGUAUGGACAAGUAUUGUUAAACCAGAAGUUAUUUAUUUUGUGUUCUUGUCCAUAUAAACAGCUAAACUGAAUGACUGAACAAAGGGGGUAGGAUUUUCACCUAACAGUUUCCUUAAAAUUACACUGCAGAUGUUUACUUUUCUGUUACAAGAAAAAGCAGGGUUAAUUUCACCCCAACAUGUAUCCCCUCCACCUAAAUUGUCACCUUAAAGUAAGACAAGAGAACCUUACGAUACUGAUUUUCACUAGGCUUUAAUUUGGUAUUGAAGAUGUUCUUGGACUAGUUAUUGAUUGUUUUCAAGGGAACAAGUUCAACUUGCUUUCAAAGUGAUCUCCAACCUGCACAGGAUGUUUCACUACCAUUUAGUUACUUUGAAAGUAAAAGUGUGCAAUCCCACAGUUGUGUUUGAAGGUAAGUACACCUCAGUAAAUGUACUACUAAACAGUGGGCUGAUUUAACUUUCUUAAACAGCUUUAGAUCUAAUGAAAUAGUUGAAAUAAUUAAAGGAAGGGUCCUUUUAUAAAAUAAAUAAACAAAAACAAUAUUUCUAAGGGUGUCUGUGAGUCUCAUGAGUAUUUAAAAUCGCUCUUGUCUUUUAAAUGUUUAAGUGCCAGGAUUGGUCCUACUUUUAUAAUUUGAUUGAUGGUAGUUUUUAUGAUCCACCAGCAUUUAGAUACAUUGAUUUGAUCCCGGGGUCUGCAUCGCACAUGUUUGUUCCUUGUUUCCUGUAUAAACAUAAUAGACACCCUUUCCACACUGUGUGGUUCUGGUGUAUUCAUGCAUAGAUCAAAUCAAUUGAUGGCACAUUGAAAUUCAAUUGUCCGUUUUAAUGUUUUGUUUUUUUUUGUACUGCACAGCAAAAUUUCAAUUAGCUUCCUAAUGUGAAGACAACAGUGAGGGAUUGGGCUUUUACUAGUCCAGGAGUGAAGACCAGGCUGUAGUUUGCUGAGUAAAAGGAUAUAUAUGUCUGGUAGUGCUGGGACAAACAUGGUAUGUUCAUGUUUGGAUAGCCAUGCAUAUUCAUUCAUUUGCAAAAAGUUGUCAAAACCAUUAUAUGUAACACUGUAUUAAAGUUGAAAAAUAUCCCAGAAGUAAGAAAAACCUUACUUUACCCUCAUGAUGAAUUAAGUCCCAAAUAAAGGAUGCCAUACGGUAAUUACAGUUAAAAAUAAAUAGAUAAAUAAAUAAAAAUGUAUUGUGUGUAUUUCAGGUAAAAAAACAUGUAACCCCUGCUAUUGUCGUGUCUUCACACUAAACAGUGUGACCAUAGACACAUUUCACAAAGUAAUAAAAUAACUUUUUAACUUGAAUAAACACUUCAAAUAAAUAAAUGUGGAAAAGGGGGCAUUGUGCAAUGAAAAAACAUUUGCUCACUGUUUUAUUUCUCUUUUAUUACAUUCCACAUAACAAAAACUAGCUGGAGUGGCGUACUUGACUUGUAUCAUAUUGCAGACAGAAAUUGACCCAAUUUGACUCACUUCCUAAAUCUGAAGCAGCUCUGGCAACUUGACUUGUACGUAGCAUUGCAGCUAGUGUUGCAUGUGCAGCCUAAUCUGGACUCUGGUUAAAAUACUAGAGAACUUUUUUAGCAGCCAGAAGUAAAUGGGGGACCAAGAUUGGCUCACACAAACUAGAGCUAUUUUCCCUCUUGCUAAUUUAGAAACUGUCAUGGAAAUUUUGGCAAGGUAGUAAAUCUAUACAAGGCAAAACACACUGUGAUGUGUAUUUCUUAUUUCUGUCAACUGUGUAACAUCUGACAGGCACAGACAUUUUUUUUUUUUCUGUCUUUGAAUACAUCUAAAAAUAAAUAAAUAAAUGUUCUGAUACCGAUAUUUGUCCCAGCACUAAUGUCUAGUAGUCAAGUACUUCAACAUGUUUGUUUUUCAAUGUCUUUACUUAAAGAUCCCUGAUAAAUUAGUUGCAUAGAACUACCUUUCAAAUCUGUUGGUCCCACUUGUUCCUUUUUGUUUUUAUCCCAUCAGAACUAUCAAUUUGUUAACACUAAAGCGUUUGUCCAUUUAAACAUCCAUGGAUUUUUUUGUUUUUUCACAUUAUCCUUCCAUACUUUAACCUUAUACUUCAAGUGAAAUGUAAGAGCAACAUUAUAUCUUCCAAUUUGUGCCAUAUACUUGCAGGGUUUCACUAGGACUAUGCAUUGAGGUUUACUAUCAGACAAAAGGUUGGACAAAGUUUCAGCUGUAGUGCUUGUCCUACCUUAUCCAGCGAAGAACAUGUAACCCCCCCCCCCCCCCCCAUGUGUACA